UAGUAGAGUACAAUACUUAUUCAUGAAUGACAAGUGUUUUGACAUUGCUUCAACCCGUAACUGAAUACCUCAACACAACAGUUUACUCUUUGUUACAAGGAACAGUGGUAUAUUUUGAAUAUUUAUAAUAGCUAUAAUUCAAAUUCCUUCUUUUCAUAGAUUUUCUCGAUUUUUUAAAUAAUUUAUUUAUAAUAUUGGGAGUUUUGAUAGUCUAGCUGACAUCUCCGAGACUUUGUAGGAUCCUACCAAAAAAGCUUGUACGCUGGAAAAUCUCAAAGAAAUAUCUGGAAGAUUGCAGUCAACUUUCGAUACAUUGUUACCAUGAAUAGUUAACUAUUGAAAUACAGGUCUUCAAAAUCCUUCGGCAUAUCCAAUUUUCAUUAAAAAAAUGAUUCUACUUUUAUGAACAAGUGACGAUGCUAAAGUCAAAAUACUAAAUAAGGUUAAAUUGUUUUCUCAUUGAAAAAUAUUCUUAUGAAAAUUCCGAUUAUUUUUGAUUAUCUAAAAAACUCUGGCUGAUGAAUUUUAAUUCGAUUACAUUGGUUUUUGUCUCGUAAUUUGUUUUUAAUCGUCAAAUUGAUUGAAAUCUCAUUCCACAAAAAUCAGUUUCAUGGAUGAGAAAUUGAUUAUGGAAGGUUAUAUCGUCUGCGGAGUGUGGGAUAAGUCAGCGAAUGAAGAAAAGUAGGCUAUGGACAACUACUUCUUCACUUACAUCCUGCUCGAGUGCUCUAAGGAUGACUUUAUCAACAUCACCAGUCUAUCCUUUGCCAAGAACUUGUUGAGCUUUGAAUGAAAAGAAAGAACAAUCUGUGUAAGUAUCGAAGACUUUCAUUACACGAGGGUUGAAUUAGUGAGGCGUCAAGUUCAUUGAAGAAAUGCUAUUUGAAAAAUAUUUUCCUACAACGGAUAAACAAGCGCUCAUUCUACUACUAUAAUAAAAUACUGCAAAUCUACAUCUACUUCAUGAUCAUUUAUUACAGUAACUGAAUGUUGUCCUAAAUUCAAUAACAACGCUUAACGAAUUCGUCGAAAUGCUAACUGUUGGAUGUGGGUGUGUUCUUUUUACCGAUACCCACGCUGACACCCACAUCCAAACUGUAAAUAUCCUGAAAAAAAGUCGAAUUACUAGCCUAUGAUUGUUGAGAUAAACUAUUUUUCUGAACCACAAUAUCAUGGUUCGUUCCGUAGCAGAGAAAAAAAAACUGACUUUCGAAUUUCAACUAAGUAGAAACUUGAUAUAGUAAGAGUUCUGAAUAAAAUUUCAGAUCAUUUGUCUGUUUGCAUUUUUAAAUCAAGAAUAUUGAAUAAUUGUAUCUUAGAAUUGGAAUUUUAAAGCUGAAAUUUGAAAAUCAUUUGUCCAUCUGUUUCUGAGUAGCAUCACUGCAUGAUACUUGAUAAAAAUAUAUUAUCUCAAUGAGAAUUUUUCAACAUAUACAAUCUACUAUCUUGUUUAUAUGAUAUACUUUUUCUUCCUUUUAUCUUUCGAUGUUUGAAUUUUUUCAUUCAGAAAAAACAAAAAUGAUAUGUUAGUCGUUUUUCGUUAGCUCAAUGGUAAGAGCACUGGUCCGGUUAACCACCUAUCAUAUCUUGGGUUCGAUUCCAGAACGAAGCAUAUCAUUUUGUUUUUCUGAAUGAAAAAUUCAAACAUCGAAAGAUAAAAGGAAGAAAAAGUAUAUCAUAUAAACAUGUAUUACUCCUUUCUAAUAUCUAAUCUACUAUCUUGAACAGUUGUGUGCCGACCAUUGUUAAUCGAUCUGUAUUAUUUGCUUGUCGUUAUUAUCAACUAAAAUCGAAGUAUUAGUAUUCGACAUCAAUACUGGAAGAUACAAAAAUACUUAGUUGAUUGUGCUUCAUUUUUUUAAAAUUAAUAUCAAAAUUUAUUUUUAGUACAUCCAUUUUACAUGUGUCGGAAAAAUGAAAUAUUUACUUGUUUAGUUGCAUUAGUUAUUCGUAAUUUAUGUCAAUUUUAUGAAAAUAGUUUUGGCACUGCAACUCUUCGUGAAAAACUACAAACAUCACUUGAAGAAAUUAUUAAUUCUAUGUGA